GUGAAGUUGUUGCUGAAAAACAGAUUGAGAAGAUACAUUUGCCUUUCAGACAGGUUUCUAUCGGAUUUUGGCUUAUUACAGGGGGAAAAUAUGUCUGAGGGAGCGAUCACUACUACGGAAGAGAUCGAAGAGCUUAAAAAGAAGCUUGCUCUCCUGGAUGGAGACAGGAAAGCUUACUACGAAAGCUCGCAAUGGACUAUGAAAAAAAAUAAAGAUACAAUUAGUAAACUAAGGGAGAAAAAUAAACGUUUGCGAUUCGAGCUGGCAAAGAAGAAAGCGGGAGAUGAGCAAGUGAUUGAUGAUGCUUUCAAAGAAAAAGACCCUCAAAGACACUGUGCAAUGAGAGGCAUGUCUGGGAAGGCUGCGAUUACUAAACUUGACCAACAAGUGUGCGAGGCAGAGAAGAAACUGAAUGCUUGUAAACACCAGAAAAAUACUCGUGAGAAGAAACUGGCAGCCUUAGAGACUGAAUAUAAUCAGUUGGUUAAAGAUGCUGAAGAGGUGUCCAGUACAGAUACUGGAGAAUCAGCUGAGGCACAGAAACUGCGAAGUUUGGAAAAUGGUCUAGACAAAAUGAUUUUAAAAGUUAAUGAAGCAAAGAAAAUAAAGACAAUAUAUGAGGGUUUACUGGAACAACUGAAAGAAGAGCGUCGUACUUGGCCCAAUCAGCUGAAUAAUCUAGAGAAGGCCAUUUGUGCUCAGCGAGAAGAACUUGAAGAGCUGAAUGCAAUGAAUCAUGAUGCCCAGAUUGCUCGCGAGGCUGCAAAGGCAGAGCUCACAAAAUUAGAGCAGUCAGUGUAUGAGAGGAAAAAGGAGCGGGAAAGAGAACUGUCUCAUUACAAGAAACAAGCAGAAGAGAAGAAAGAUCAUGCUGAAAAAGUUGAGAAAAGGCUACAAAGAAGUUCUCUUCAGCAAGAGGAUCUCACUGAACAAAAAGCAGUACUGUCUGGGGAAGAACAAGAACGCAAGAUUACAACUUAUGAGGAGGCCAUGAACAAGAUAAAGGACACAACAGGGGUGUCUGACAUCAAGGAGGUGGUACAGCGUUUCCUGUCUCAAGGUGACACCCAGAAGCAUUUGGACACACUCAAGAUGAACAAUGAAAAAAUGCUUGUCAGACUUAAGGAGGAAAAGGAAAAAUUAAGAAUGGAGUAUGAGGAGAUGAAGUAUUCUGGAGAAGCCAAGUUGUCAAGUGGACAAAGAAUGCUGGAAGAAUUUCAGCAACGUCUCGCAAAUGAAGAGAAACGCUGCUUAGAUGCAAAAGACCGCCAAGAAAGAGCUAACAAGACUCUUGUCAAUGUUAAAGCUGGAAUUGAACAUCUGGCUGAUAAACUGCAACACCUGAAAGCGCCUAAGGGUCACGUACCGCAGGCUCAGUUGUCCCCAACCUCAGACGAGUACAUCCUAGACUUACUUGGCACUUGCGAACAGAAGUUACUCAAACUGACCGACGACUUGGGUGGAAAAGAUAUAAGUGAUGUUAUGAAAGAAAUUGAGGAUGCUGAGUUCCGCGCAACAAUGGAGAAUAAGUUACCACAGUUUAAUACUCGAGUCAAGCUACCCACUACAUCUGAUCGAAUGGCUGUUUAUGACGAUGACGAGGACAGCGGUGAAGAUGAAGAUGUUCUCUCUAGAAACGCUAUUAAACGCUACUCACAGCAGCUCGUGGACUCAAAGACGAAGAAACAUAAACCACGAAAUAGAAAGAGAAAAACUAAACAAUGAAACUGUUGUGGAAAUCUAAAGAUUGGUUACCAUGUAUCGGACUUUCGUAAAAUUUGGCACAGUUUUGAUAACGUAUACAGUUAUCUUGUAUUCAUGUAUUAUACCAGCAAUAAAGUUAAGUUAGAGUUGAA